AGCUCUCUCUGGUUUCUUCCUACAGGAUUGUGGUGGACAUGAUUUCUCCCAAAUGUGUUGAUGCAUUGAAAAAUGUUCAUCAGGCGCUGCAUGACAGGAAACAGUACAGGGGUUUUGGUGGAGAGCUAAUGAGGCCAGCAAUGUUCAGUCUCAUAGAAAAGCUGUCCCUGUCCAAAAUGCCUUUCAAGAACGAGCCUGUGAUCACUGGCUGGCAGUCUCUCAUCGAUGACACCAUAAAGACCCUUCAUUUUAUUUCUAGUGGUGCAAAGGAUAGCAUUAUGACUGCAGCAGUACAGGCCUUGUCUGCCUUGUGUGAGGAGCACUACCAGGCCGAACCAGGAAAGGCUGACACACAAAUGCAGGAUGUCCUGGUAUCUCAGUACAUUGAAGGGCUGAAGAGUCCUCAGAUGCUCACGCGUUGUGGAUCUGCCCUCGCUCUUGGCUGUCUGCCAAGUUUUAUGAUCCAUGGCAAACUGAAGCAGAUCCUUGAAGGCCUUCAGCAGAUGUGCGCCAUCAGCCAGAAGAAGGGAGAUUUCACUGAGGCAAGGAGGGAUGCAGUCAAAGCCAUUUCUCAAGUGUGUGCCAAGGUGGGUGUUAGCGCUUACAGCUCCCCAGAUUCUUUCCUUUGCUCUGAGAAUGUGGCAGAGGUCUAUGGCACUCUGCACGGCAGCAUGAAUGACUUCACGACCGAUAGCAGAGGGGACAUAGGGGCUUGGGUGAGAGAGGCAGCAAUGACCAGCCUGAUGGAGGUGACUUUGCUGGUGGCUGGCAGUGCUCCAGAGAUCCUUUUACCUGACCUGGUGAAGUGUACAAUGUGCUGCCUGGCCCAGCAGGCUGCAGAGAAGAUUGAUCGCUACAGAGCUCAUGCUGGAAACAUCCUCCUUCGCCUCCUCCACAGCACAGACCCUGCAGUACCACACAUCCCCCACAAAGAGGAGCUGCUGAGCAUUUUUCCUGCUGAGACCCUAACCAGUCUGAACUGGAAUGCUCCAUCCCAAGCUUACAAGUAUAUCACCCAGCUGCUGAGUCUGCCUCAGUAUCAGCACCACACCCUGCUGGGCCUCACUGUGUCAGUAGGAGGGCUCACAGAGUCCACAGUUCACUAUUCAUCACAAUGGUUGUUCGACUACCUGAGAGUGAUCCAGCGUGACAAUGCGGCUCUCUCAGAGUUUGGAGAUUCUCUGCUGAGCGUCUUCAGAGACAAUCUUAAGAAUGACAGGGUGUCCACUCCUUUUCUUAAGAUGCUCAAUCAGAUGCUUGCCAACAGCUGCUUUGAAAUCUUCACCACACAAGAGGAUCAUCCGUUCUGUGUGGACGUUUUGACUCUUUGCAAAGAGUCAAAGAAGGCCAAAAAUAUUUCCAAGCUGCAAGCCUGUAUAUCUGUCUUUUGUGGACUGGUCCAGUUCCAGGGGAAAGUGAGGAAGAAAGUCUUGUCCCAGCUGUUGAUGCUGCUCUGCCAUCCCUUCCCAGUGAUCAGGAAGACCACAGCCAGCCAGAUGUACGAGAUGCUGCUGUACUAUGAUGAUGUCAUAGAUCCAGAAGUGUUGGAUGAUGUCACUACCCUGCUAAGUGACACUAAUUGGGAGAGCAACCUCGCUACAGUCCAGCCCCACAGGAAUCAGCUUUGUGAUUUGUUGGGAGUCUCCCAGCCACAAGUGGUUGCCAAGAGUGCUGCCCCGGUUUCCUGAUCAUAAGAGACUGUCAAAACCUGAAAUGUCAAUAAUGUUUGUGGGCAACAAGCUGUAAGAGUAAAGACUGGACUGUUAGUGCUACUCCCCUGAAGCUGUCUUGUUUUAGGUUUUCAGAAAACACCACAUCUACCUAAAGAAUAACACUUCUGAAGAAAACUGCACUUCGACGGCUGCAUGUUAAAAAGCUGAUGACUAAUAAAAGCACUAAUGUAUGACAGAGGUGGAAUAUUGUUUAAUGUUUUUAACAGCUGAUGCUUAACACCAUUAAAAGAUUUAGGUACUAGAAAUGGAAAAAUAAUAUUGACUCUUAAUGUUUGAUUAGAGCUGAAAGAAUAAUUUAAUUCUUCGAGGGUUUCAUAUGUUUGAAAAGUUGUAAAAGUUCGGUACAUUCCCCUGAAUCAUUUCAAAGAAAAAGUUUCUGAGAAAACCUUGAAUGUUUUGAAAAGUAACAUGGAUCAUCAGGCCGGAUCAUCAUUCCUAACUGUUCCCGACUGUGAUUUUUUUGUUUUGAACACUCACACCAAGGAAUCACAUUCUGAAUGCUUGCCAUGACAAUAAAUAGACAACAGCAUCACA